CCACCAAUGAGCUUGGGCCGCUGCCAGCCGCGGCAGCCCAAGUGCUUGCCAGGGGUGCAAGCAAAUGAAGCACAUCUGGACGGUUGCGUGACACUCCUUGAGGGCUGGUUCUUUCUCCCUGCAUUAGUUACCGAUCUACGCGCUCUUCCCUCCCUCUGGCCAUUUAAUGACUAAUUGCUACUCCCAAAGUAGAAAUCGAGGACCCAGAUUCAAAACUUUUCCAAGAGAAAAGCGACCGUACCUAAUGUAAUUUUCUUGAGUGUUUUAAAGCAACAGAACCAGCCCCAUCAACAAAAGCUCAGUUGUCUGGUUUUAAAUUGGCUAUAGCAACCAGGUGGUGAGGACUGAGUCGAAAAGAAACGGAGAAGUUAGGUGUAUGCUGCAAGGUGAUAUGAUCAUCUCCGGUUCUGCUGUGCUAGCAUAGGAUGGGGAGUUUCAGAGGUCAUGCUGUGCCUGGAAGUUUUUUCCUUUUCUUUGGUUUUUGGUGGAGUGUCAAGUACACACUGAAGUAUGUCUGCAAAAAGAACAAGAGGACCUGUUUCUUUGGGUCCAGAGCAGGAUUUCAACGCUUGGAAAUUAUCGAGGGCCUGGUCAAAAUCUCCAUGUCUUUAACUGGCAUGACAGCAGAGCAGUUUGUUCCUGAAGGGCCCCACCUGAACUUGUACAACUAUGAAGAGAAACAUUGGGUUUACCUCAUGAAUUGGCAGCAUGCGACCAUGUACUUCUUCUUUGGACUCUCUGGACUGGUUGACAUCUUGUGCUUUACCACCCAUGCACUGCCGGUUUCCUUAAGCAAGAUGAUGCUCUCAAAUGCCUUUUUUGUGGAGGGUUUUGUCUUUUACUUCCAUACCCAUGGCCGGAUGAUGUUGGACAUCUACAUUCAUCAUCUGCUUUUUCUAUCCAUCACUGGUGCAGCAAUCCUCGUAUUCCUGGAAUUCUUCUUUCGGAGCAACAUAGUUUUAGAGCUCCUCCGGUCAAGUUUUGUCUUGCUUCAAGGUAGCUGGUUUUGGCAGAUUGCCUUUGUAUUGUAUCCUCCCAACGGGGGCCCUGAAUGGAAUCAAACGGAUCACGGCAAUAUCAUGUUUCUGACCAUAUGUUUUUGCUGGCAUUAUGCAUUCACUUAUUUCAUUCUGGGUGUGAAUUAUGCUUUUAUCACCUGGUUAAUUGGAUCAAAACUUAAGAAGACAUUUCCUGCUGAUAUGAGAUUGCUAAAAAACACUGAACGAGACCAAGAAUCAGAAGAAGAAAUAUAAUUUUGCUCAGUGCCCCUAUUUUUCCAGUUAGACAUCUUACCCUUAGGUUGAUCUUCACUUGAUGUCUGUAAACAUAGUUUGUCUGUGUUUGUGUCAUUAUUCUUGUUCUCCUUUAUGCGACUAGCCUCCACAGUAAAGGUCAGCCUCCAAGAUAGUUUAUCUUGUUCUUUUAUGCCACUGGCUCUGUAAGGGUCAGUCAGCGUACUGUAUUCUCUCACCUUGCUACAGAAUUUCUAUGUGUUUGCUUUUGAGAGUGGUUCACUUUGCACUUUAAUCAUAGAAUCUGAGGGUUAAAUGGCAUUUACCUGACUAUUUAGUCCAUCUUCCUAAUGUUUGAUGUUGUUGCCCAUGGAAAAAGAUGUAUAUUAUUUUGAGACGGGCUUUGAUUAUUUGAGCUAAACUUGCAACCAUUUGUAACUUAAUAAACAUGGAAUAUAAAGGAAGCAUGGUGGAGUGGAUAGCACUCUGGUCUUGGAGCCAACAAGACCUGGUUUUGUGUCCCACCUUAGACAUAAACUGCCUAUGUGACCCCGAGCAAAGUCUCUUUAACCCCUCAGUGCCCUGGACACUUCUCUAAGCUUGUAACACGGAGAAAGUGCUGAUGGGCCUUGGUAGAAGGAGCUUCCUUAUCCAAGAGUACCUAAGAGCUUGCAGAUCCAGGCAUGAUCUCCUCUCCUAAAUGUAGCAUUAAUGUAGCCUCCGUGCUAACAAGGCAAAGUCGUUUGGAGCAGAGAUGUUGCCUCUUUAUUGCCAGCUAUCCACUCUAUCAUCUGUUGGCCGUAGAUUGAACCCAAUGGAGAUAACACGACAUUCUCAAAAAAUAGCACCAUAGGUUGACGUGUGUUUAAAUUUAUUUGUGUAUUAAAAAACAAAACAUGGCCUCCAUUUCUAUGUCUUCUUGGAGUAGUAUUUAAGUCAGUUCCAUGAGGUGAGAGAAGGAAGCUGACUGAAGGAGGAUAAACCCUUCUUGGUCACUCCAGUGCUAGAGCUGCUUUGUGUAUAAAUUUGCCGAGGCUCGGGGACACAAGUUCGAGACAUUUUAUUUGACUUCAUUUUUCCAUGCCCUUGAUCUUCGAGGGAUUGACCCACCAUCAUCCCAAGUGUCGCCAUGAACUGGGGAUGUUUUCCAAAUCAGGUCUUCCCUCUGGUUCUGUGGACCGUGGACAAGAGGGAAAACAGGUAAAGUCUAAGAAGGCUAUAAAGGUGUGGAAGUUAGGAAGGACUUUAACUUGAAGGGCUCUGCAGUGACCAAGGCUGGGGAUGAGGGAUUGAGUAAUUGCUGCGGCAGUCCUUCAUUGUGGAGAAAAGAAAGGAAGCUUAUGGACAGUCUCAGGAGGAGGAAGACAUUUCAUAACUUCACAUCUCAAAUUCCAGACCUCCCAACAAGCCUGGAAGUCGGCCAUCGUCACAUAUGUACCGCCUUGAUGCUGGAUGGAGAGGAGAUGAUUCAAGUCAGUGGAUCAGAUGCACUGUCAAACUCACAAAAUAUUUUUUAACUGAGGAUUUAGAAAGAACAAACAUAGGGCAGCUAGGUAGCUCAGUGGAUUGAAAACCAGACCUAGAGUUGAGAGGUUUAGGGUUCAAAUUUGACCUCAGAUACUUGUUAGCAAUGUGACCCAUGUCAAGUCACUUGACUGCCAUUACCUAGCCCUUAAACUCUUCUGCCUUGGAACCAUUAAUCAGUAUCAAUCCUGUUAUAAGGGUUUUCUAACCCUUAUUGAUUAUUGGUAUUGGAUGGUAUUAUCACUCUAUUUUCCUGUGUUGAUAGGUGGUUGUUUUGAAUGUUGGAAAAGAUGGCAUCCCAAAAUCUUAAAAAUUCUGGCUCAGGCCAGCUUAUAAGAACUACUUAUUGGAAGUAUUUAAAAAUUUGGAAAAAGGGAAAGAAAAAGGAAACAAGUAAGAAUAUAUUUAUUCUAAAUCUAAAUCUUCUAACUGUACCUCAUAGGGUUUGCAAGAAUCUGCUUCUCCUUGAUACCAAUCAAGGCUAACUUAAUCUUCCUAUGAUCUCUAUUAACCCAAUUUCUAUCUAUUCUAAAACUAAAAAAAUUACAAAUUUUAACAGUGGGAAAGAAUUGAUUUUUUUCCUGCUGAUUAGAUGGGCAAAACCAGCAAGCCAACAUCUUCUAAUCUUUGCUCCCUUUUGCCACCACUGGCAAAGCAGUGAUAUUUCACCCCAAUCUUCUCCUUACUUGGAUAACUCUCAAGUAGAAAUUUUACCAGAUGUUCUCCAAUUUCUAACUUUUUGAGCCAGAACACUCUGGAACCUCCUUCCUUGAAUCAGGAUAGACCAAUAGAGAGUGUAUGAGAGUUCAAUGGUUUCAACUGUCCCUUUCAAGAACGUCUGAGAGAUUCUUUUUAUUUCCCAUGAUCCUCUCUUGAAAAUUCUAUUUUAAAGAAAUCCGCCUUUUCCCAAAUUUCUAUAUUUAUCUAUUGCAACAAUCCUAUUUCCUAAUUAACCAUUAAUUAACUCUUAAUGAACAAAUAUUCUAUUACAAUCCUAAGACAGAAGGCAAGGAUAAAAAAAUAAUAGAUACAAACCUAUAUUUAUGCACUAAUCCUGAGAGUUGUUCCAAGAUAAUUGGUCCAAGGAACAACUUGAAUAUACACAUAAUAAAAAAAUCAUGUAGAUACUCAUCAGGGUAUUUGGAAAAUCAGGACACAGUAAUCCUUUUCUUAUUUUGUGUCAUGUGACUUUAUCAGCCAAGUUCCAUGAUUUUGACUUAUUUGAAUUCUAUAAGUGUUUUCUGGUGUUGUCCAACUCUAGCCUCUGAAACAAACAGUAAAUUCAAACCGUACUGUAGUAGUUUUGUGAUUGUUGGUUAGAUUUUUAAGAAAGAAUAUUUAAUGAAAUAACGUUGAAUAAAUAAUACUGCCGGCUUGAGCUUAAAUAAUAGACAUUAUAGUAACAUAUUUUAGUAACAUGUAUUAAAACCCUUUCAUCUUAGAAUCAAUACUGUUUAUUGGUUCUAAGGCAAAAGAGUGGUAAGGGCUGGGCAAUGGGGGUCAAGUGACUUGCCCAGGGUCACACAGCUAGGAAGUGUCUGAAGCCAAAUUUGAACCCUGGACCUCCUGUCUCUGGGACUGGCUUUUAAUCCACUGAGCCACCCAGCUGCCCCAACAUAUAUAUUUUUUGAGAGCAAAAGGUAAAUAAGGCAUCUCUGCUGGUCCUUAGAUCACCCUAAGGUCUUGAAAGGACCUUCAAUUAUCUCUAAGAGUGGUCCAGUCCCCUCCUUUUAUUGGCCAUAAUAAUAACACUGAAUUCUCUUAAUUGUUUCAUAUAAGUUUUGUUUUGCCUUCCAAUCACAUAUUAGCUUUUUGAAGGCAAGGACCAUAGUCUCUUACAUUUAUAUAGUUCUCUGCAUGUUUUAUACCUUGAUGAUUCCAUUUUAAUCUCUCAGCACCACUGGGUGAUAGAUAGGAGAAGUAUCGGAGGCUCCAACCUUCUCAGUUGACCAUACUUAAGGUCACAUAGCUAGUAAGUGGAAGAGCUGGGCUAUGGACUCAGGGCAUCUGAUUUCAGAUCUACUGUUCUUUCAGCAUCGUGGAGUGGGAAAAGUGCCCAAAGCUCCUUUGUGCCCCUAGAUGCUUACUGAUGAUUUAUGAAGCCAUACUGUGCCAUACCUCACUCCAUUACAGCAAAUGAAUGAGUUACAGACUCUCCUCACCUUGGGGCCUCCAGGGACUCAGGAGUUCAGAGGAAUUCCAGCCCAAACUUGGAGAAAGGCUUUGGAGAAUCCUAGGCAGCAACAGCUGAAGAAAAGAGAGGUCCCUCCUGAGGAGGAAACUACUAGCAGCGGCAUAGUAGAGAUGACCACAAAGGAAGAGCCAGGAUUUGUCCCCGGAAGGCUUUGUAGCUUUGAGCACCCAAGUGACGCUGGUGAUUCCAUAUUUCCCGAUUAAGCAUGUUCCCUAUUUAUAUCCAUUCAUGUGUAUUCCCUGCACAUGUUCCUGUCUUAUGGCCUCUCCACUGGUGGUGCAGUACCCUGUGGCAGAGUGUACAUCUGUGUGCACAGGAGGUGAGGGAACCAUCCUUUGUUUCUUAUUUUGUAAUGCUGUUUGAUUAAACUUCCUUUGAUUUGAA